CGAUGUACCUGGAGGCCACGAUGAUGAUGCUGCUGCUGCUGCUGCUGCUCGCUGUUACGACAAUUGUGGCUGUCUUGUACUGGAGGAAGGGCGUGGUGGAAGGAACCGAAGAGCGAUGUCCUGAUCCUGUGCCUGUGGUCAAACCUCAGUCUGCGAGGAGCAAGGAGAGGAGGAGACGAGGCAAGGACCCGUUCAAGGGUGUCAAGGGCAGGAAGAUGCUAGAGAAGCUGGACGUGGCGAGAAGCGUGUCGAGUUCGAGCCGGGAGGAGCAUGACACGCCUAUGAUGACGCCGCUACCGCCCUCGGAGCCCGACUUGGAGGAGUCGCCGUCGGAUGUUGUGGAUGAGCCCAUCGAGUUCCCGACGCUGAAUAGCACGCCGGAACAGCUGCUCGAGGAGGCGCGUCAGCGUGAAGAACAGGCGCGAGAGUCGCUGCAGAGGUACGAGGAGAUGAUGCAGUGGGAACGAGAAGGAUGGAGACGCCGGGAAGCGGAGAUGCAGGCGCAAAUCCAGCAGCUGAUGUAUCAGAUGCAGGCGUAUGCAGCAUUGGUGACACCGUAUAUCGGGCCGUGGUAUCCGCUGGAGAGGGGAAGACGGAGGAGAAGAGACGAGCAGGAGGAUGACGAUGAAGACGUGAGCGAGUUGCUGGUCGACGCGAUACUGAAGCGGCCAGAGAGGAUCAUCAGGAAGCGGAAGGACAUGCCGCAGUAAUAAUACCCAUUGUCUUAUUCUUCAUUUACUGAAACAGAUGUAUGUAUAUGUACUACUACUUUUCAUGAUGAUUCUUUUGCGAGCAGUC